AUGAAGUCUUUCGGUACCUUGUUUGCUGUCAUCCUUGCGGCGUCUCAAGCAUUCGUUCUCGCUAAGUCGGAAUCGUCGAUCAACCUCGUCAAUGCGACGUCGACAAACCCUGCCAACGCGACGUCGACCAACCCCGUCAAUGCUACGUCGACCAAUCCGGUCAAUGCGACAUCGACAAACCCCGUCAAUGCGACGUCAACCAAUCCAGUCAAUGCGACAUCGACAAACCCCGUCAACGCGACGUCGACCAACCCAGUCAACGCGACGUCGACCAACCCAGCCAACACGACGUCAACCAACCCAGCCAACGCGACGUCGACCAACCCUGUUAACGCGACAUCGACCAACCCCGUCAACGCAACGUCUACCUCUACCGCCGCCACGAACAAGCUCAAUGGGGAGGGAAGCAACAGCGCGUUUACCGGUGCGUCCAUCGACGUCCAGACCCGGGUCGCGGCGAUCCUCGCGGUCGGGGCUGCCGUCGCAUUCGGCUUCUAG